AUGGUUCAGUUCUUUCGAAAUCGGACAUUUUACAAAUGGUUGGGUUUGGCAGGAGCUUCUGUUGGAACAGUUUAUGGUUAUUAUGAAAUCAACACAUUCGGUGACGACUUCCGCCACAAAUUUGCUCUUCGCAGCGAGAAACAUCGACUUUCCCCAUUGACGCGGCUGAAAUACGAAGUAUACGAUAUUAUAGCGCGAACAGGGAUCGUUAUUGGCGACUCAAGAGAGAGAAUUCUAGCGACGAUGAAUUCAGACGACGUUGAUGAAAGAAACAAGAUCUUAUUGAGGCUGAAGAAGGAGAUCGACGACUUGGAAGAGACGAUAUCUUCGAGUGAGAAGAAAUAUCUUCUGAGCAGAAUAAGGAAAUCAAAGCUGGCGCAUGGUCUUGCUCGCCUGAAGGACUACAAUUCUGAAUUUCUCAACGAUCUAUACGAGUUCACAGAGGAAGAAAGAUCAGAACGAAUAUCCGAUAUCCUUAUCAAAAUCUUCGAAACGUUGCCCAGCUUGGAUCGUAUUCGAGAUGAAGAUCUUUUUACGCCCUGUGUCAAAUAUUUUCAAGAGCAGGCGCUGCAGGAGCUGAUGGAUAUUCGAAACUGGGAGAAUGAUGAUGCGAAUUCAAUGGAGCACGAUAUUCUUCUCCCUCCUUCUGUAGAGGUCUCUGAAAACGUUGCAGAUGUGAUGCUCCUCAAAGCUCUGCGUCGCCACGCUGACAUUAGGGAAAACAUGUCCCAUGUCGCCGUAGAAGACAUCCUAAAACUCCUCAUUCGCUUGAUGGAACCCAAAUUUGACAGCGUAGAACUUUCUAGAGAAGCAACACUCAUUGCCAUGCGAACAAUCGCCAAUUUAGCUCUUGACGAUCGCUACGUUCCAACAAUGAUCGACCUUGGCUUCCACAAAAUGCUCAGAAAAGUAGUCGACAAGAAAAUUGAAGCAGCAGAAUCAGUCGAUGACUAUUCUUGUGCAAUUCAGUCGAGACUUCACGCAGUCCGAGCACUUUCUAAUCUGGACAGAGAUGAUGAAUUUCAACGCCCUCUUGAAGACGGAGUCUUUCUCAUUGAUCCUGUCUACAGACCAGAUAAAGAUAUUGAAAAAGACGUUGUAUUUGUCCACGGGCUUGGUGGUUCUAUCGGAGGAACAUGGACAACAAUGCAGGAGAAUCAAAAUCAGGAAGGCGCUCCAGAUGUUCCAUGUAACUGGCUCUGCGAGUGGUCCGUCCGUGAUCUUCAGCGAAACCCGAAAAAGUGCAGAAUUCUCGGAAUCGAGUAUGAAACAGCAAUUUUGUUUUCGCAACAUCAAUGUCCAUACGAUCUGGAAACGAGGAGUCUUCAAGAACGGGCAAAAACCAUCGGCGAAAAGUUAAUAAAGGCAGGAGUUGGUGAACGACCUGUUGUCUUUGUCUGCUACUCUCUUGGCGGCCUGGUUGUCAAGCAAAUCCUCAAAACUUUCCCUCAGAUGCAGGACAACACCAAAGGCGUAAUUUUUCUUUCAACGCCUCAUCUCGGCUCCCCUGUUGCAGAAGUCGCAUCAAAUGAAGACAUGUACUCCUACUUAGCAAAAGUAGUAAAGACCGUUGUUUCUCCCGAAGUGCUUCUUUUGGGGGGUACAGGAUCAGAUCUGGUCGGCCUCAACACUUUUUUCAAACACAUGACUGAGGAAAAGAAAAUCAAGGUUUUAUCCUGGACGGAAGAGCUUCCAAGCAAUUGGGGUCUGAAAAUUCAUAUUGUUCCGCCGGAGAGGGGAGAUCCAGGAUUUGGCGAAGUUAGAUCGUCAAAAAAGAUCAUGAUGGCAUGGUUGCUCCUAUUGAUGAAGUGGAUCCACUGUAUAGCCACAGCCUCAAUUUUAUACGCGAUUGUCUACAAGACAAACCAAACUGAUGCCACUGAAACUAUCCAAAAACUUCCUGCUGUCUGA